AUGUUGCCAGCUUAUUCCUCACUCCUCUCAAGAGACAUUAAACUCCUGUUCCUGGCCUUAGCUGUCACUGUGGUCCUGGCUCAGGCUGCUCCAGAUGGAUGGGUCAAAAAGUGCUACCGAAGAAUUGGCAGAUGCAGGCGGACUUGCAAAGAAGAUGAGAAGAAGAGAGGAACAUGUGGGGGAAAGAAAUUUUGCUGUGUCCCUAAAGCAAAGUACCAAUUUCAAAGUUAUCCUAAAAAACAAGAACUGUCAAGUAAGGCUACAGGUCCACCUGGGACUCCUGACUACAGGAUUCUAAGUCAUUAUAAUGAGUCAGUGAAGGCCCUCUAGGAUACCUGCAU